AUGACCAGGUUUUGCUACUUCUUUUGUAGGACGCAAUUUUUUAAAAGUUCUUUUGUUCGGGGCUUUUCCGUGAGGGUCUGCGGCGAGCUCUGUUUUCGGUUGCCGGCGGCGUAUAUCGUGCUUCCUCCAUCCUUCCAGAUCUUUCCUGCGCCUCGGUGGAGGAGGGGCUGGCGAGCGGAGGGGGACGGCUCUGGGAUUCGUGGGCACGUCCCUUCCCCCGCCCCUCUCCGAGAGCUGAGAUUGUUCUGGAAGCUUCUGGAGCCCGGCGCCCCGCCCUGGUGCCCGGAUGCUGGGGCGGAGGGAGGCUGCGCGGUGGCGCCCCCUCCUCGUGUGGUCGACGCAUGUCCAGCCGUGACGAGAGUCGGCCCCGCAGACUAA